AUGGGAGGAGGAGACAAUUGUGUUCCUCCACCAACCAUCGAAGAGGACAAAACAAUAGAAAUUGAAGCUGAAAAUGUUGUUAUUCCUACUUCUGCUAUUGAAGCUGAAAAUUCUGGUGCUCCUACUCCUGCAAGUAAUGCACCACAAGUAGAUGAAGAAAACAAAGAUCCAAAAAUUGGGACACUUCAUGGUUAUAUGCCUAAAAUUGAUGAAGAAGAGGAACUAUGCAAAGUUUUUAAGGGUUAUAGCUUGGAAGAUUGUAAGAAGUCUGUAGCUGAGUUCGUUGUCCUUGAUGAAAUGCCGUUUAAAGUUGUUGAGGGGAUUGGGUUUCGCAAAAUGUUAAAUCGAUUUAAGCCAAGAUUUACAGUUCCAUCUAGGGUGACGGUCUCAAGAGAUUGCUUUCAACUUUAUUUAGAUGAGAAGAAAAAGCUAAAAGAAUGGUUGGCAAAGUCAUGUGCUCGGGUUUGCUUGACAACAGAUUGUUGGACAUCAAAUCAGAAUUAUAGUUAUAUGAGCUUGACUGCACAUUUCAUUGAUGAAGAAUGGAAGUUACAAAAGAGAAUUAUAAAUUUCUGCCAGAUUGAGAACCACAAGGGUGAUACAGUAGGAAGAAAAAUUGAGAAAUGCUUGAGAGAGUGGGGAAUUGAAAAAGUCUUCACAAUCACAGUGGAUAAUGCAACUUCGAAUGAUGGAGCUAUUACUUAUCUUCAAAGAAAAUUAGGUGCAAGAGGUGGGUUGGUGUGUGGAGGAAAGUAUAUGCAUGUGAGAUGUUGCGCUCAUGUUCUGAAUUUGAUAGUGAAUGAAGGAAUUAAGGAGCAACAAACUUCAAUUAAAAGCAUUAGAAAUGUUGUCAGGUGGAAUUCUACCUAUCUAAUGUUGGAACAUGCUGAGAAAUUUGAAAAAGCUUUUGAUAGACUUUUUGAUCAAGAACCUGAUUUUCUUAGAUGGUUUGGAGAGGAUAAUGGGGGGAAAAAGGAAAAUUAUCUCUGUUGGUGUUUGGAGGAUGUUUAUGACAAGGAAGUAUCUACUAGUAUGACUGGUUUUGUUAAAUUAACAUUAGAGAUUUUAUAUAAGUUUUAUGAAAAGGAGGUUGUAGAUGAUAAAGGAAGGGAGGAUGGUGGAAGUUCAUUUAGAGAUGUCUUGGAUGAUAAUACUAAAGUCUUAACUGGUGCUAAGGGAAUUUCUAAAAAUAGAGUGAAUAUGUGGAAAAAGCAAAAAAAAGAGAAGGCUAAUGCAGAUAGCAAGUCAGAUGUGGAGAGAUAUCUGGCCGAGGAUACUGUAGAAGAUGAGAAUUUUGAUAUUUUGGCUUGGUGGAAAGUGAAUGCUUCAAAAUACAGAGUUCUUUCUCUCAUAGCCCAUGACGUCUUAGGUAUUCCGCUCUUUGUCACCAUUAAUGGCUGA